AAAGGAGAAAUAAAACACACCGACAGGCACAGUGCGGGUGCAAACGUGUUAAAUUAAUAGGUGGGAGACCUACAAUUGGAGUUAGUUCCCCUGACAAUUGACGUUUGGUACUAUUACUACUACUACUAGGCCAAUCGUUCGGAGAGACCUGUUUCCAAACUUCCUUUUGAUAAUUCUGUUUAACGUUUUUCUGGUAAAUGUUUUUGUGCGUGUAUUAACUAAUUAUGAUCGGGGAUUCAUCACAAAUCACAGCAUAAUGAACAUUCCGGAUAUUGAUGUUUUUAAUUCAACUUUGCACACAGACCUUAAUUUUUUGGUGUGCCGGGUGCAGACACUGAGACAGUUUUGUUAUGGUGACUUUUGUAGACAUUUUGGUGUCGCGUGAAUAAUCUUGUGUUGUGUGCAAAAGAAAACGACUUUAUAUUUUUUUCGUUAAUCCAGUUUUCAGAUGGUCAUUUUACGUUAUUCAGGAAAAUAGAUUAGACGUCUUUUUUUCAGCCUAGAAGAUUGUAAUACACAUUGAACCACAAUGGCUUUGACGAAAACAUGUCGUCUUAUCACAAUGCUGGGACUGACAGCCAGUUUCUUUCUGGUCGAGAUUAUAGUAGGAUAUAUUACCAACUCUGUGGCACUGAUUGCCGAUUCAUUUCACAUGCUGUCGGAUGUUGUAGCACUGAUUGUUGGAUUUUCCUGUGUCAGGAUAGCAAAAUGGCCAAGCAAACGCAACACAUUUGGAUGGAUACGAGCAGAGGUGCUAGGUGCCUUGGUGAAUGCCGUGUUCCUAUUGGCUCUUUGCUUUUCCAUUUUGGUGGAAUCUCUGAAGAGGCUGGUUGAACUUGAGAAAAUUGAUAAUCCCAAACUGUUGCUGAUCGUGGGAGCCGCUGGUCUGCUGGUCAAUCUAAUCGGCUUGGUCCUAUUCCAUGAUCAUGGACAUAGCCAUGGUCAUUCUCAUGGUGCAGGAAAUGACCAUUCCCAUGGGGGCAAGAAACACAGUCAUGAUGCUGUCCACAAUGGAGCUGACGAAAUCAAGGGAAAAGAUGAGCAAGUGUCUCUUGUUAUGGACCAUGUCGGUGAUGUCAGACAGGCCGAUAACAUUUUAACCAUUGACACAGCCCAUGACGAUGAUAUUUCUAUAGAGAUAGAAUCCCCCAAAUUAGCAUCAAGUGGCCAUCUAAACAUGAAAGGCGUAUUUUUACAUGUUCUUGGAGAUGCACUGGGGUCAGUAAUUGUGAUCAUAAGUGCCCUUGUAAUCUGGUUUGUAGAAGAUGAUUGGCGAUUUUAUGUGGAUCCUGCUAUGAGCAUUAUUCUGGUGAUGAUCAUAUUGUGUACUACGAUUCCACUUUUUAAAGAAUCAGCAUUUAUACUCCUUCAAGCAGUGCCAUCACACAUACGAACAGAAAGAAUUCGAUGCAAGUUGGAAAAGCUUGAAGGUAUUCGAGCGAUUCAUGAGUUCCAUGUUUGGCAGCUAGCUGGAAACCGCAUUGUGGCCUCCGCACAUGUUAGUUGUCUCAAUGUUCAUGAAUACAUGAUUCUUGCUAACAAAAUCAAGGUGUUAUUCCACGAUGAGGGAAUACAUUCGACAACGAUUCAACCGGAAUUUAUAGAGAUUGAUGAGAUAGCAAAUGGCAAAAACUGUGCUCUUGAAUGUGGACCGGACUUAAAAUGUUUCACGGACACCUGCUGUGGUCGUAAGCUACCCAGUAAUAAUGGUACUGGUCCAAUGAAAAAAAGUGACAGUUUUCCCAGACGAUCCUCGAUCGAUAAUUCCUGUUCAAAUGCAGUCACUGCCGAAAACAAUGCAGAUAACACCAUUGCUAGUAAUAAUGCAGAUAGCAGUGCCAAUGUAAAAUCCAUCAGAGAAACAGAUAUGGUGUGAUAUUUACAAUCGACAAAAUCACCAUCAGAUAAACAAUCAUGGUGUGAUAAUUUACAGUCAACAAAAUUACCAUGAGAGAAACAAAUAUGGUGUGAUAUUUUAAAGUUAACAAAAUUACCAUCAGAGAAGCAUGGUAUGAUGUUUCAAGACUGCAACAUUCAUGCUUCAGUAUUUCUACUCAGUAAUUAUUUUUAUUACAUACGGAGCUAUAAAAUAUAUGUCUACUAAACCAUAAAAUGAUAUUUGGUGAAAAGUCAUAUUUUCACUGUAUUUUAGUUACGGUGAAAAUAUAGAAAUCAUAUUUAUAUUUUUGGGAACAAGUUCCUGAUUCUGUUAUCUCCUUUGUAACUUACUACGAUUGGGCCCAGAUUUUCGAAGCUGUCUUAGUGCUAUGGUAUCGUAAAACUAUUGUACGAUAUGACAUGCAUUGAUAUGACUUGGCUUACAACAGUUUUACAGUGUCGUAGUGUUAAGAUUUGGCCUGAUUAGGUUAGUGUUUCUUCAUCAUAUUUUAGUUUUAUAAUUACCAAUGGAACUGAUCGUAUUUGAAUAGUAAAAAAAUAUACUUUCAACAAUACUGUUAAGUGCAAUGAUGGUAAAAUAUCUAAAACUGAUAGAGUACAAAGCCAAAUAAUGGUGACAAAGUCCUGUCAUUGGGUGUAACUUCGAUUCAUAGUUUGUUUUUGUUUUUUGGACUAUUGCUUUGUCAAGUAUUUUUUCACAGCAGUAUUAUUAAAUAAUUUUUAAUUUAAUAAUUAAAGGUAAUUUUUGUUUUCAUUUCUUUUAAAAAUUCCAUGGUCAAAAGUCCUUAGUGACCAGUUCACUGUCGGUAGGGAGGGCGAGGAUAAUGUAUUUACAAAUGCCACAAUAUGCUCUUUAAUUAGUAUUUAAAUAAAAAAUUGAAACGCUAUUAGAAGUAUGUAAACAACAUUUAAGAAGGCUGGUGUGGAUAAAAUAAAACUGAUAAAUCUGAUCAUGGCCUUACAGUCAAAGCAUAAGAAACUCUGAAAGUCUUGGUCUUUUUUGUUUUUUUCCCACCUGAAGUACUUGCAUCGCUGGAUCGAACCACUUCAUUGGAUCCAUUCAACUGAAUUUUUUUUCUUGUUCCAACCAGUGCACCACAACUGAUCAAAGGCUGUGG